AUGACCCGGUUCUGCACUUCACCCCUGUGGGACUGGGAUUAUACGUGGUACUCGGACUACCCGAGGUUUACGCCAUGCUUCGAGACUACGGUUCUGGCCUACACACCGGCAGCUCUUCUUGUCCUGUUUGGCAGCAUCCCGUGGCUGGUGGGAAGACGAAGGGAGCAACCCCUGUACUGUGAACCAGUCGCCUGGACCCCGCUAAGUGCGUUCAGAUGCGUCGCAAGUUGUCUGUUGACCCUCACUUACGCUCUCUCGCUCAUCUACAGACUAGUAAUGGGGACGUCGUCCGGUUCGUCGAUCGCAGCGGACGUUGUACACGCCUUGGCCUUCACAAUCACCUUGAUGGUCCUUGAGAACGACCGAAGGAACGGGGCAGGAUCUUCGAUGCUGCUGUUUUCCUUCUGGUUGCUGACAGCUUUGUGCAAGCUCCCGGAGAGCUACCGCCGCACUCGGGAAGCUUUCGCGACGGACAGUGACCCGCCUAACUUUUCGGAACUAGAAUUCUUCGUGUGUGCUUUAGCUUAUCCUUUGGUCAUUCUGCAGUUGCUGCUGUCAUGCUGGACGGACGGCAAGCACGACACGAGAAGGCCCUACCUCACCGCACCGCCUGUGUCUUUCAUUCUCUUCGGCUGGUUGUCACCUUUCGUACUUAGAAGAUCAAGACGCUGCGUUCAAGUUGAAGAUAUGUACGGCAUACCGCCGGACAUGAUGACUCGGCCAAACCACGCUGAGUGGAGUGCGAUAUGGAAAAAGGAGCUUGAUUCAGCUGGGUACGUACCGGGAGACGGAUCGUGUGGUGGCUCUCGACCGCUGCCUUCGCUUUUCAAGUCAAUCUGGAAGGCGUAUUGGAAGACUGUUGUACUUUCGUGCAUUUUGUGCAUUUUAGCAGCACUACUCAAGACUAUCACUGCUCUUUUGCUGCAUUUUCUUUUGAACUACAUGACAGGGAAUGAACAUAACUGGAAAGGAAUAUUGUACGCCCUCAGUAUAGUGAGCGCCAACUUUGCGUCGCGUCUUCUUUCUCUUCAUAUUGAUAAGAUGCUGGCGUUUGUUGGGUUAAAUGUGAAAACGGUCCUGUUGGCGGAAAUUUACAGAAAAAUGCUCAGACUUUCCACUGAGUCGCAGAGGCACUACACGAUCGGUGAUCUGGUUAACUUGAUCUCUGUGGAUGCUGAUCGGAUUUUUGAACUCAGCCUCUUUGCUGGUUAUGUGGCCAGUGGGUUGCCGCUGAUAAUCAUGGCUGUUCUACUUUUGUGGCAGUUCCUCGGUGUGGCCUGCCUGGCCGGCGUCGCGGUCAUGGUUGUUAUAAUGCCCGUAAUGGCCGUAAUAGUUAGCAUCGGGAACAAAUAUCAGACAGGUCAAAUGGAGCUCAAAGAUAAGAGGCUAAAUAUUCUUGCGGAGAUGUUAACCAACGUGAAGGUUCUCAAGCUGUUCGCCUGGGAAAGUAACUUUAUUGACAAGUGCAAUGUCGUGCGGUCAGAAGAGAUGGGUUUGCUCAAGAAAUAUUCGUAUCUGACUGCCCUUAAUAUCUGCAUUUCUACAUGUUCGUCGUCCAUGGUUUCUCUGGCGAGCUUCGUAACCUACGUUUUAAUCAGCGAGUAUCAUAUUCUCGACCCUAGCACCGCGUUUGUGUCGUUAACUCUGUUUUACAAUAUGCAGUAUCCGAUGUUUAUAAUCCCAAACUUCCUUUCUAACGUUGUACAGACGAGGGUUUCAAUAACGAGGAUUCGAGAGUUUCUGCUGUCCUCUGAAGUGGACGCCUAUUCUGUCGGUCGACGACCGGACGAGGCAGAUGCGAUAACAAUAAGAAACGGAACGUUUUCCUGGUCGAAAGAGCGAGCCGCGGUCUUGAGAAACAUUAACCUAACCGUCAAGAAAGGUCAACUGAUCGCUGUCGUUGGGCCCGUUGGCUCCGGCAAGUCGUCUUUGGUGUCUGCAUUGUUGGGAAACCUUUGCGUUUGCUCGGGAUCAGUGGACCUGGUAGAAAGUGUUGCGUAUGCUCCACAGUGUCCGUGGAUUCAAAAUAGAACCAUAAAAGAAAAUGUGCUUUUCAUGGGAGCAUACGAUGCCGAAGUGUACGAUAUGGUUUUGAAGGCGUGUUGUCUUGAGAGAGACUUGGAGAUCCUUCCAUCUGGAGACCUGACGGAAAUUGGCGAAAAUGGGAUCAAUUUAAGCGGCGGUCAGAAGCAACGAGUCAGUCUAGCCAGAACAGCUUACCAGAAAAAAGACCUUUUUCUCUUCGACGACCCACUAAGCGCAGUUGAUGCUCACGUUGGUGCUUCCCUUUUCAAGGACCUUAUUGGACCGCGAGGAAUGCUGAAAGACACCACAAGAAUCCUGGUCACCCAUAAUCUCUUGGUGCUCAGUGAAGUGGAUUACAUUGUCGUCGUGCAGGGAGGGUCGAUUGUCGAGUGUGGCACAUUCGAUGUUCUUAAGAAUGAAGGGAGUAUUCUCUCAGGGUUGCUGCAGACCUUUUCCAAGAAGCUUCGAAAAUUGUCAGAAAACGAGGAUUUGUCUAUAGUUCGAGGUGAGGAGAGAGUACUUGGGAAAGAGAAGUUGACGGCGACUCUUGUGGAGAAAGAAACAGUGGAAGAGGGCUCGAUCAGUCUUCAGGUAUACAGGGCCUACCUAAGGCACGCUGGGCCCUGUUUGGUAAUCGCGAUCUUGUGUUACGUCAUUCACUCCGCGCUCGGAGCUUACAUGGGUAUCUGGCUGAGCGAAUGGACCAACGAUGCCCAGUUUCUUAACGGCACCCAGGACACAUCUUUGCAGCACUACAGGAUGGAAGUUUACGUCCUCCUUGGCAUUGUCCAGGCGUUUGUUAUGUUCUUUGCAGUCGUAACGUUCUGGAAAGUGGCGCUCUCCGCCUCCACAAAGCUUCAUAAAUUGGUGCUUGACGGUGUGAUGAGGGCUCCAUUGUCCUUUUUCGAAACCAAUCUCUCCGGUCGCUUGCUGAACCGCUUCAGCAAGGACGUUGACCAGCUUGAUGUACAACUUCCGACGGCAGGACUUACUACGCUAGAUUUAUUGCUUCUUCUAGCAUCAUCGAUUUUCCUGAUAUGCGUUAAUAUUCCCAUAUACAUCCUGAUCGUCGUUCCUGUAUUGGUGUUUGUGGUGGUGAUAUUUCGCGUGUUCAUGGCACGGUUUCGCGAGGUAAAGAGGCUAGAGAGCGUUACGCGUUCCCCAGUUAACAAUCACUUCUCGGAAACAGUGGCGGGCUUGAGCAGUGUCAGGAGCUACGCCGUUCAAGCUGUCUUCUUACGAGAAUAUGACGAAAAGAUUGACAGUAUGCAGACCUGUACUGUGAACGUGCUUUUCUUGCGAUUUUGGAGUGAAGUAUGCUUGGAACUGGCCAGUGAAAUGCUUCUGUUCUCGAUACUGCUGCUACUCAUUGGCAGUCGCGACAAGAUAAGUGCGGGAACAACCGGCCUUCUAGUGUCCUACAUGUUGAAUGCCUUAUACUACUUCACAUAUUUCAUUUUCUGCUCAACUGAGGUUGAAGCGAGUCUGGUAUCAGCCGAACGUUUGGACGAGUACAGCCGUCUUACUCCCGAAGGACCGUUGGUGGCAAACUUCAGACCGGACCCACGCUGGCCCUGGACGGGUCGGGUAUCCUUCAGGUCUUACUCCACUCGGUACCGAAAGGGCUUGGACCUGGUUCUCAGAGAUAUUGACCUCGACGUCAGUCCCGGUGAGAAAGUCGGGAUUGUGGGCCGCACGGGUGCCGGUAAAUCGACAAUAGCCCUAAGUCUUUUCCGUAUCCUCGAGCCGGCAGCUGGCAACAUCGUAGUCGAUGGCGUGGACAUUGCAACAUUGAGGUUACGCGACCUCCGGUCCAGAAUAAGCAUUAUACCGCAGGACCCGGUUCUGUUCGGCGGCACUCUACGGUUUAACCUUGACCCUGCCGGCCAGUACGGCACUGAAGAACUCUGGUCAGCCCUGGACAGGUCGCACCUCGGGGAUACCUUCCGAAAAAAUGGAGGCCUAGACUUCGAGGUGUCAGAAGGCGGGCUCAACCUCAGCGUGGGUCAGCGGCAGCUGGUCUGUCUCGCGAGGGCUGUGUUGAGAAUGUCGAAGGUACUUGUUCUUGACGAAGCCACUGCAUCAGUAGACACGAAGACGGACUUGCUGAUUCAGCAGACGUUGAGAAACGUAAUGAGUGAGUGUACCGUCUUGACUAUAGCUCAUCGUCUUCACUCCGUUAUCACGUCAGAUCGUAUUGUUGUGAUGGAUCAUGGAAGGAUUCUUGAAGUCGGUAGUCCAGCACAAUUGUUAGCAGACACGACGUCGUCCUUCUACGCUAUGGCUCUUGAAGCGGGUAUUGCAUCCCGUGGAGUUAAGGGGGCAUGA